AUGUUGGCGCUGAGAAACACUUUUCUGGUUGUUAACAUUAUCACUGCGAUGAGCGCCCAAGCAAACAGCGAACCAAGUCCGGAGUUGGCACAGCCAAACAGUCAGGAUCUGAAGUCACGGCGAAUCAUACAGGAAAUGAGUAUGGCGCGAAUCCAGAAUCAGCAGUCGGAUCAAAGUGGAGACAGUCUGCUGGAUGAGCAACUGAAAGCGUUUGAAGAGACGUACAGCAACGAUAUGGAUGAGAUUGCGAUGAAGGAAAAUGGCUUAUUCAGCAAACUACUACUUCCACCACCGUCCAAGAAAUCAGGAACAACCAGUCGAUUAUGUGGCACUAAACUGGUGGAGGCAAUUGUGAAACUCUGCAAUGGUUGCGUGAAACCGGCUGGUGGUAAAGCGGUCACUGCAAAACGCUGCAAGUUUCAUUCCUAUUCGAGACCCCAUUUGGACUGA